AUGCAAGUCUUAGCCAGCGCGGAGCUCACCCUGGCGCGCCUCCUGCGGCCAGACCACAGCUCCAGCCCCGCUACGCUCACGCCCCCGACCGGAGGAUUCUGCUCGCUGCGGUUCAGGUUUGCUGCUGGAGAGGAGAGGCUCGCUCGUUGGCGAUGGCCAGGCUGGGCUGGGCGUGGCUGGGCGACUCGUCUGGCUCUGGCUCCGGCUCUGGCUCUGGCCGUGGCUCCCCUCCUCUGUGCCUACAUCAAAGGCGCUUUUCGUCCUUUGUCUCGCCGGCCUACUUGGACUAAUGUCCAUCCCUACUCCACCCCAAGCAGCGGGCAUGUCACUCCGCCGGUGACGACGCCAGCAGACACGCUGAGAUCCAGCGAUGCCACCCCAAGGCCGAGCGCUCGCCG